AUGUUCCAAUUCCUGACUGGAAAAUCGAUCUUGAAAUCCUCAAAGACCUCAAAGUCAUCGGUGGUCAGCAGAUCGCGCAGCACAGCUCGCCGUAAGCAUUUGGCAUCCGGCCUACUGAGAUGUACAGGGGGGGAAAGGUCUCGAUCGUGUACCCCUGAAAGGAAUGCCAGAAUAAGUUGUCGACUGCCAAGCGAGUACACCCAGUUGUCUCCAGAAGAGUUUCUGAAAUCCUUCUCGACGAGUACCGAACGAUUGUCAGCGAAUGGAGUCAACGGGAAGGGAAAGAGUUCAACCGGAGGAAAAUCGAGCAAAAAAAAGUUGUCCAAGUCAGAAAAACAAAAAAUAGCAAUGGAAAGAGAACAGCAAAAGAAAAAAUUGAUGCUGCUGCAACACCAAGAACAAAUGCUAUUACAACUGCAACAACAAAAUAAACAAGAUCAUUCUUCCAGUUCUAACUGUUCCAGUUUGAAAGAAAAUAAUCGAAACAAAGACAACAAAGUAUGGGAAUCUCAACAUAUGAAUAGUUACGAUGUCUUACCCCAGAAAAACCCCCUACAACAAACUCCAACCAAUCAAGUCAUCAACAGUGAUAAUUACAUCAUUCGCCUGAAUCCAAGUAACCAGAUAAGCAACAAUAACACACCCAUCAAAUCAAACAACGAUUUCAACACACCGACUAAUUCUAAUUUUAAAAGCGAGCACGGAAGCUUCAUUUCGAGAAAUAACACUUCCGACGUUUCAGAAACUAUUCAUCAAAAUUGCUCCUCCCCAUCUCAAGCAUACCCAAACAAAAGUGUCACAUUUCAAGAACCAGACGAAUGUGGCAAACCUGCACUGCGACCGAAAACGUUAUCAGCAACAAAGAGGACAACGUUCGGAGUCAUACCUGAAAAUGACGCGUACAUCAAACAUUGCACGAGCACACGUAGUUGCGAAAACAAUCUCAAUCUAUUUGAAAACGUAAACUCAAGCGUUGCUCAAUAUAACAGCCCCUACUACAUUCCACAUUACGACAUUGACAACAACAUCAUUAACAACAACAAUUACAACAGCAAUGGCAACUACAACAACGAGAAUAACAGCGUAAAUAACUUAUAUCUACCUCUCAAUCACAAACAACGAGUUUUGCAGUUCAGAUCACAACCAACCACCCCAGACGAACCAAGUUUAGAUUAUUUGAACAAUCUGUUUGCAUCAUCUGCAUGCAAUCAGACAAAUAAUUUCAACGCAACUCCACAACGAUUCAUGUCCAACUAUCCUCACGAUUAUAUAAUCGAUCUUGCAAAACAGCUGUCCCUACAGGAGCCAGCGACGUCUCACAAUCUUUCUAAUAAUUAUAACCUUAAUGUCGAGAAUUGCAACAGCGUAGAUAAUUUUUACGGCUGUGCUGAAAACUAUCAUCCUAACAACCAAAAUUAUUUGAUCAACGGUAAUAGCUAUUUAAAUUACAACCCCACGAACAACACCGUGAAUAAUGUUCGAGCGGUUCGGACGCGGUUGUUCGGUCGAUUCGACGAUCAUCACCAUCGUCGUUCGCCAGGAAUGGGAUGCAGGUCUGCAAUGAUGAGGAAGUUAGCUCAGUGCCAUUGUCAGCCUGUUCUUUACAAUCCUUCAUCUAGCUCUUAUCAAUUUGACAGUUCAUCCCUUGGGCGCCAACAAAGCGAUAAAUGUGAAAUGUUUGUGAACGGAAAUAAACUCUCUCACGAAGUUAUCAACCACUGUUCACCAAUCUUGGCCUCCACAAGAACAUCUUCAGUGGAAAGGAAGCUACACAAUGAUUCUGGUGUUUGUUCUGUUAGCGAUGACGAAAGGUUUUCAACAUUUCGAAAUAAUGUUCACCUCAGUGACUGCCACCAUUCCAACAACAACUGCAACAACCACGUCAAAAAUGUCAGUAGUGGCAAACAAUACGGCAACAUCUACAGUUUCACGCAGAACAACUACAUACCACACCACACAUCCAACCGACCAAACAGUCAAUUAUUUGAUACGUCUUCAAUUGAGACUGAUAACUAUCUUGUUGCUUGUUUUAAAAAAGAAAACAUCGAAACACGCAAUGGAAAUGAAUACGUCCAAAAACUAAGUUACAAUAAUUGUAAUAUCGACUAUGCUCUGAAUAAACAAAACAAUUACACUUUGCAACAACAGUUUCAACAGCAACUGCAACAGCGCAAACAACGACAACACAUCGAAACAGUUAAACGGUCUCGAUCAACACCAUGCGACACAAUCACUUCAUCGUCAUCUUCAUCAUCGUCAAAACUACCAUUAACAAAAACUCUUCAACUGUCACACGUCAUUCAGUCGAGAAUAACGGACAUGGUGGUCACCUCACGAAACAGUUUCAUAGUGGCCGUAGACAUGCACAAUGCAUUUUUGUUUGACAGCGAAGGUGAGUUCCACGGGAAGCUGGGUGGCCGGCACCAUCGCAAACACUCUCUCAUUCAGCCCUUGAGUGUGGCCAACUGCGGCGACUCGUGUGUGGCGUUCAACGACCGCGGACAACAAAACAUUAAAGUGUUUAGUUUGGACGAUCAGCUAAUGUUCAUCGUCGACGAUCAACUUUUCACAAACAUCGCCGGCCUAUCGUGCAACGUCGAUGGGGACAUAUUCAUUGCCGCCACCGACACCAAAUGCGUGUUUGUAUUUCAGCUGCAGUCGCCUGACCACUUAAGACGAUUACCUCCAAUAACAACUUCUGAUGUUAACGAAUUAGCCUCGCCAAAAGUACCUCAAAGAUCAAAUAAGAAUUUUGACAACCAAGCUUGUAAUGGCGAUCAAUGUUUAGUUGAAACAAGCAAUGAAAAGAUUGGUCAGGAUGAUGAUAUCAGUCUCAAGAUAACAAACGAAAAAUUUUUUAAUCACGAGUUUUCAAACGUAAAUCCAAAAGUUCUAUAUAAUAAUAAAAGUAUGAUCAACAAAAGUAAAAAUGCCAAGCCACUGUUCGACCAUCCUUACUGCAUAGCUGUCAAUCCAACAAACCAAGAAGUGAUCGUUGGCGACGACGAACGCCACCUCGUUGUUGCCAUGGACGCUCAGACAGGUCGCCUCAUUUGGAGGUUCCUUCCGCACGAGGCCAGGGAUGGAAACUUCCUGCCUGCGUGCAUCUGCUGCGACUGGAGAGGAAACGUGUUCGUGGCUGAUUCCUGCAAUAACAAGAUUUACAUGUUGAACUCGAGCGGAAAAUUUCUGAAAACUUUACUGUCCAUGAACAACGGACUCCGAGGUUCCCCUUCGGCAAUUUGUACAGACUCCACCGGUAGACUCUAUGUAACUGAUGAACAGUCUUUUGUCAGAGUAUUUAAAUAUCUUGAUGACGGCUCACUGUAG